AUGGCUUUGUUUAGAAAGUUCUUCUAUAGAAGACCACCUGAUGGGCUUUUGGAGAUCUCUGAAAGGGUUUACGUUUCUAUCUUUGAGAAUGGUAUAGUGGAUAAUACUGAUGUUAAUUAUGUUUUUGUCUUUGUAAAUGUUUAUUAUGGUUCGUGUUAUUGGGUUUCAGUCUUUGAUUGCUGUUAUAACACGGAUGUCUUUGAAGAUGAAGAAUAUAAAGUGUACAUAGGAGGCAUAGUGGGUAAACUUCGUAACCAUUUGCCUGAUGCUUCAUUUAUGGUUUUUAAUUUCCGAGAGGGUGAUAACCAAAGCCAGAUUGCUAGUGUAUUGUCUGAAUUUGACAUGACUGUAAUGGACUAUCCCCGACACUAUGAAAGUUGCCCCUUGCUCUCAAUGGAGAUGAUUCAUCACUUCUUGCGGUCGAGUGAGAGUUGGCUGUCACUUGGGCAACAAAAUGUGGUCUUGAUGCACUGCGAACGAGGUGGGUGGCCAGUUCUGGCUUUCAUGCUCGCUGCAUUAUUGCUAUAUGGGAAGCAGUUCACGGGUGAGCAGAGAACUCUAGACAUGAUUUACAAGCAAGGGCCUCGAGAGCUUUUACAGCUGAUCUGCCCUCUUAAUCCAUUACCUUCGCAAUUAAGGUACCUACAGUAUGUAUCAAGGAGGAAUGUGGGAACACAAUGGCCUCCGCUGGAUAGAGCACUUACGUUGGAUUGCAUUAUUCUGAGAGUCAUUCCUGGUAUGGAUACAGAGGGGGGUUGCAGGCCAAUAUUUAGGAUAUAUGGACAGGACCCUUUUAUGGCUGCUGAUAGGACUCCUAAAGUUCUGUUCUCAACACCAAAAAGGAGCAGAUUUGUCCGGCAUUACAAGCAGGCAGAUUGUGAAUUAGUUAAAAUAGACAUCCAUUGUCAUAUCCAAGGUGAUGUUGUCCUAGAGUGUCUUAACUUGGACAGUGAUCACGAAAGGGAACAUAUGAUGUUUCGGGUCAUGUUCAAUACGGCCUUUAUAAGAUCAAAUAUCUUGAUGCUUAAUCGUGAUGAAAUUGACACCUUCUGGAAUGCAAAGGAUCAGUUUCCCAAGGACUUCAGAGCAGAGGUACUUUUCUCAGAGAUGGAUUCUGCUACUUAUAUUGCUGCAAUUGAUUUGCCUGGUUUAGAAGAGAAAGAUGGCCUACCUAUGGAAGCAUUUGCAAGAGUUCACGAGAUCUUCAGCAAUGUGGACUGGUCAGGUACAAAAACUGAUGUAGUACACAAUACGCACCAACAUAUCAUUGCACCCCUUGAAAAUUUGGACAGUUCUCCCCAGAGUGCAGAAAUAGGCAGUGUAUGGAUGGAAUCGACCCCAGUUAAAGUUCAAGAGAAACUGAAACGAAAUGAAUCAGAAAACAAGACUCCAAGUCCCACUUCCGUUACCCUGCUGAAACAAUCUAUCCUUUCUUUUAAAUCAUUUUCAGAUACAAACUCAGUAACAGAGGAGGCUGAACCCCAAGAACCAAAGGUUGCCCACCAAUCUAUGCCGUCUAUUAAAUCAUCUCCUGAUGCAUAUUCAGCUAGGGAGAAGGUAGAACGCCAAGAACUGAAGGUUGCUCUCCAAUCUUCGCCCUCUAGUAGGCCAUCUUCAGAUGCAAAUUCAACUCAAAAGAAUGUUGAACCACAAGAGCUCCAGGUUGGUCCGCAACGGCCAGCUCAAUCUAAGAUUGUAUCACAGCGAGUACCUCAGAGAUCGCUCUCUUCUCCAGUUUCCUAUAGCAAUUCUUUGCAGGGCUCACCAUUGCCUGUGUCAAGAUAUCAUAGCGCACCCUCUGCCCUUGGUAUUACAGCUUUGUUGCAGGAUCAUGCUGCAUCUAAAGGUGAAGAAGUUGUGCGUCCAGUGACAUUAUCUCUACCUUCCUCAGCUAUUUCAUCUCCAAUCACAGGCGUAACUAAACCUGCACCACUCAAUAAUGUUUCUUCUCCGAGGACACCACCACCUCCUACCUCAUUGCAAUCUUCAAUUGGACCUCCUAAAACUACAGAAAAGCCUUCUCCAACAUGUCCUACUCCUCUUACUAUUCCUCAGCCUAUUUCAAUUUCUUCUCUUGUCACAGAUGUACCCAAACCUGCACCGCUCAAUCAUGUGUCUCCUUCAAAGAUACCACCAUGCCCUCCUAACCAAUUGCAAUCAUCAAUUGAAGCACCUAAAAAAUCUUUUGGUACUUGUCUUAUUCCUCCUCAAUCUACUUCCAAAGAAACAGAUUCUUUACUCAAUCAACAUCCUCAAGCAACAUCAGGGAGUAUUCACUCACCAUCGGUUCCUUCUUCUCUUCUCUCUUCCUUUUCUGCCUCGUCUCCUGUUACCAAGAGUUCAUCUUCAGCUCCUCCAGCCCCUUCUUUUUCGGGGGCAUCCUCGCCUGCCAUCAAGAAGUCAUUCUCAACUCCCCCUCCCCCUCCCCCUCCCCCUCCUCCGCCUCCUUUUUCAGGAGCAUCUCCAUCUUCUGCUGACAGGAACUGGCAUUCAGCUCCCCCUCCUCUGCCCCCUGGAAUAGCUUCAAUGGUUGCUGGCUCAGUUACUUCAGAGUCUGUCAGGAAAUUGGCUGUUGUACCGGGACCACCACCACCGCCACCACCUCCUCCUCUACAUUCUGGAUCUGCCUUGGGCCCCAAUAGUGCUCCUUCAGUGCCGCCACCACCUCCUCCUCCUCCUCUAUCUGCCUUGGGCCCCACUAGUGCUCCUUCAAUGCCACCACCACCAGCUCCUCCUCCUCUAUCUGCCUCGCGCCCCUCUAAUGCUCCUUCAGUGCCACCACCACCACCACCUCCUCUCAGUUCUGCUGCAAAAGCUUCUUCAUUUAAUAAUGCUGCACAUGUUCCUCCUGUGCCACCUCCUCCUGCUCCUUUGGCUAAAGGAUUGUCACGAACUAGCAGUGUCUCCUCACUGUCUCAUGCUGGAGUUAGUAAUGGAAAUGUGCCUUCAGUUCCUGGACCACCUCCCGGCGCUCCAUUCAGUGCAAAGGGGCGGGGCAUGUUCCAUAUAAAUGCAAAAAAUCAACCCAGAAAAGCCAACCUGAAGCCUUAUCAUUGGUUAAAAUUAACUCGGGCCGUGUCGGGCAGUUUGUGGGCCGAGGCACAAAAAGCUGAUGAAGCUUCCAAGGCUCCAGAGUUUGACAUGUCAGAACUUGAAACUCUUUUCUCAGCAGCUGCUCCAAAUUCUGAUCGUGGGAGCACAGAGGGGAAAUCAAAUCGGCGCACUUUGGGACAUAAAUCUGACAAAAUCCAGCUGAUUGAACUUAGAAGGGCAUAUAAUUGUGAGAUCAUGCUUUCAAAGGUUAAAAUUCCUCUUUCAGACCUGAUGAGUUCAGUUCUUGCUUUGGAUGAUACAGCAUUGGAUGUUGAUCAUGUUGAUAACCUUAUUAAGUUUUGUCCAACAAAAGAGGAGAUGGAAUUACUCAAGGGUUAUAAUGGAGAUAGAGAGAACUUGGGAAAAUGUGAACAGGUUUCUGAUCUCAGAGGUAAUUUGAAUAUUGUAAAUUCGGCUUCUGAAGAGGCAAGUCAAACCUUCUUACUUCUCCAGUUUCUUCCAGCAAUGAGCUCGGCGAAGUUGAAAAGGAUUAUGCAAACUAUUCUUUCCCUGGGUAAUGCUCUCAACUUUGGUACUGCAAGGGGUUCUGCUGUUGGAUUUCGAUUGGAUAGUCUCCUUAAACUCACUGAUACACGAGCUCGAAACAACAAGAUGACUCUCAUGCAUUAUCUUUGUAAGGUGCUUGCUGAAAAGCUUCCAGAACUGCUAGAUUUUCCAAAGGAUCUUGUGAGUUUGGAGGCUGCAACAAAAAUACAAUUGAAAUAUUUGGCAGAGGAAAUGCAAGCAGUUAGUAAAGGACUUGAGAAAGUGAUGCAGGAAUUGACUGCUGCAGAGAAUGAUGGUUUGAUUCUCAAGAAAUUCCUUUCUUUUGCUGAAAGCGAAGUGAGAUCUUUGGCUUACCUUUAUUCCAGUGUGGGUAGAAAUGCAGAUGCACUGACUCUUUAUUUUGGGGAAGAUCCGGCACGUUGCCCUUUCGAGCAAGUUGUGUCGACUCUGCUCAAUUUUGUGAGGAUGUUUGUCCGAGCACACGACGAAAACGAAAAACAACUUGAAUUGGAAAAGAAAAAAGUAGAAAAGGAGGCGGAAAUUGAAAAGUCCAAGAUGGCUUCUCCCAGAAAGCUGUCUGUUAACUUGGUCUUCUGUUUUGGGGUCCUUUACUUGCGUUGCUCAUUCAGUGUCAUCUUGAUAGUUCAUUUGUGCCAUUGUUUACCAAGUUUCAUUGCUUUUGGAGCAGAGAUGUUGGCAGUCUACGCAGACCCUGUCGACUAG